AUCUGAUUUCUGUUCUCCUUGAAAUCCGAAAUUCUUCAUCCCGCGCUCUGAGAAACCGCCGGGAAGAAGAUCUAUAGAUCAUCCGCGUUUGCGGUUAAAUUUUCUGGGAAUCUAGAUCUUUUUCCUUCGUUUUCUUUGCUGCCAAACGCAUUUUCUAGGCAUCAGGCGCAAUGGAUUUGAGGUUUGGACUAAUUUUCCUUCUCGUGGUUGGUGCUGCUUGGGACUGUGAUGCUAGAAAUCUUGCAUCCUCUGAUUCUGAGUUAAGCUACCUAAGGCAAGAGAAGGACAAUGAGGCUUUAUCUGAAGCUUCCGAGGAUCCGAAGAUAUGUAAACUCUGUGAGAGCUUGGUCAGUCAGACAGUUGAAUACCUUGCAGAUAACAAGACCCAGGAUGAGAUCACUGUUAUUCUCCGGAAAACCUGCGCUGUGUUGGGCCUAUUCAAUGAGAAGUGCAUCAGUCUGGUGGACUACUACGCUCCUCUCUUCUUCUCAGAGAUUUCCUCAAUUGAACCUACCAGCUUCUGCCAGUCAGCCCGAUUCUGUGAGCAAAUUACCGUAAUGUCCUUGCAGAUUCAGGAAAAUAGCUGUGGAUUUUGUCAUCAGACUGUUUCAAAAAUGGUGGAGAAGUUGAAAGAUCCUAACACACAGAUAGAAAUACUUGAGACGCUUCUGAAUAUGUGCAACUCUUUGGGGUACCGUGUGAAAGAGUGCAAGAGACUGGUAUUUGAAUAUGGGCCUCUGAUUGUGGCCAAGUCGGAGAAAAUUCUAGAAAAUACAGAUAUUUGCAGAGCAAUACAUGCUUGCCCGGCGGUAGCGGGUGGCGACAACACCACAUCAUUUGUUGGAACUCUGCCUGCGCUUGCCGACGCUUGAAUUUCCACACCAGACACGAUGGGAUCGACAUGUCGUUUCUGAAGGAAAAUGGGUAAGAAUUUAGUUGUUCUCUUGCCCUUCUCUGUCUGUAUAAGAAUCUUAAUAUUAUACAAUCUCUGUCCAUGGAUGGUCUGGGUAUAAUGAUGUACGUUCUGACACAAGAUUAUAUGUAUAUGAUUGGCUGUUGCUCUAUUCAGUGUAUAAUUUAUAAACGUGUCACUGUUGGUGGAA